AUGGCUGUAGCGAUGGUAGCCGGGCCUAUGACCCUUCCGAAGCAGGGGCGGUAUCUUCCAGUGUGUCGGGAGACACCCUACGCGGACAUCGAGAUCGAUGUCUACGGGGACUUCAACGCGGACAACGACCCGAAGCUUGAAGACUUGAACGCUCAAGCCUACGAAGCCAGCUCGGGCAUCACUAUUGCGAAUGAUCCCGAGCUCCCAGAGAUAUCAUUCUGCCAAUGA